CAGACUUGACUGUGGAUCAUACGUUGGGUGUCCCAGUGAUAGGCACAUGCACAGCCUGGAGAUCCGGGAGCGCAGCGUCUGAAGUAGAGCUGGAGCGCCCGACAGCAGCGCACAUCCAUCGGCUUACAGGUAGAGGUGGAGGACCGAAGGAGGGACGGAGGAGAAACAACAUCCACGAUGGCACUAGCCAGAGAUCCAGGGGCGGGCCAGGAGCAGAGAGACGCAGCCGACCAAAACUUUGACUACAUGUUUAAGCUGCUGAUCAUCGGCAACAGCAGCGUGGGAAAGACCUCCUUCCUGUUCCGCUUUGCGGACGACUCCUUCACUUCAGCCUUCGUCAGCACGGUGGGCAUCGACUUCAAAGUCAAGACCAUCUACAGGAACGACAAGAGGGUCAAACUUCAGAUCUGGGACACAGCAGGACAGGAGCGCUACCGGACCAUCACCACAGCCUACUACAGAGGAGCCAUGGGGUUCCUGCUAAUGUAUGACAUCACAAGCCAGGACUCGUUCUGUGCUGUACAGGACUGGGCAACCCAGAUCAAGACGUACUCGUGGGGCAACGCUCAAGUAGUGCUGGUUGGCAAUAAGCUGGACUUGGAAGAGGACAGGCAGGUCCCAACUGAAGACGCCCAGAGACUGUCUUCAGAGCUCGGCUUCCAGUUCUUUGAGGCCAGUGCCAAAGACAACAUCAACGUGAAACAGGUUUUUGACAAGCUGGUGGACGUCAUCUGCGAGAAGAUGAACGAGAGCGUCAACGGUGAUGGCAGUCCGUCCGCCACUCAGAAGGAGGCCGGCCUGCAGGAGACGCCCAGCAGCAGCCCGGGUGGUUGCGGAUGCUGAUGGCUGCCAAUGGAAAUUCAUACAAAGCGGGUUUCAUUAUCACACAUACACACACAUGCACACAGAUUACCUGAAUUGUCAAAAAUGUACCAUUGUAAAUGUACUUAUAGAUGUUACUGCAACACUAUCAUGGAUGCUUGGCUCCCUUUUUCCUCAUUUUCACAACUUGGUGACGACUCCAGCUUCGUUGUAAUUCGAAUGUGACUGUUACACUGAGAUGCCAAAGAGCUGCACUGAGCAGCUGUGCCUUUUUGCCCGACACUUGUGCUUUAUUAUGUCUUGUUUAGCGGGUGAACAGCACCUGUUGCAGGUGAGUAUGUGAAUGUAAGGCAUGAGCCAAAUCAGCAUGGUGUGGGGAUCACUGUAAUUUACUUGUGCCAUGCUGCCCCCUUGUGGGUGCUGCAUGAACAUGCAUCACUGUGACUGGUAACCGCACACUGUGUGUCCUGUGAAUUUGUAAUCCUGCUGAGGAAGACGGCUCGCAAACCGUUCAGUACAAAGUCAAACAUACCUGAAAGGUGCUGUGUCAUUCCAGGUCUAUGUGCGCAUCCCAGACUUGUUAUGAUCGAGGGAUGUUCUCAUUUGCUUUUAAUUUAUAUUUUUCUUUUUUGUACCUUUAAUGGUUAAUGCUAGUUCACUAUUUCCUUUGCCAGGUUUAUUGUGUUUCUUUAAAGGUUGGGAUUAAAAGAUGUGGAUCUAUA